AGCACUUCCGGGUUCGGCAAUAACCUGGAGCCGGUGGCGUUAGGUCGGUCCUGCUGGGCCCUGUUCCGAAGCUCCGCCUUCGUCUCGGUCUUUCUAGAAACCCAGCUUUGCUCUUGGCCUGUGCCAAGCGGCUAUUGCCCGGCCGUUGCGGCUGCCCUUGGGACAGUCCGCUGCACUGAAGCGGCGAGAGCUUUGCUCUGUGGAGGUUCGGGAGCUCGCGCAGAGAACAGGGAAGCCGGUUCCCGGAGUUGCGGCCCCGGCGCUGACCUUCCUUCUUUUUUCCCUCCCCGAGUGCAGCGUCUCAGACGCUAGUGUGAGCGCCCCCAUGGCGGAUACGGCCCCCAACGGCCCCCAAGGGGCGGGCGCAGUGCAAUUCAUGAUGGCCAACAAACUGGACACAGCGAUGUGGCUUUCUCGCUUGUUCACAGUUUACUGCUCGGCUCUGUUCGUUCUGCCUCUGCUUGGGUUGCAUGAAGCAGCGAGCUUUUACCAGCGUGCUCUGCUGGCGAAUGCUCUCACUAGCGCCCUGAGGCUGCACCAGAGACUGCCGCACUUCCAGUUAAGCAGAGCGUUCCUGGCCCAGGCUUUGUUGGAGGACAGCUGCCACUACCUGUUGUAUUCACUCAUCUUUGUCAAUUCCUACCCUGUUACAAUGAGUAUUUUCCCAGUCUUGUUAUUUUCUUUGCUUCAUGCUGCCACGUACACAAAAAAGAUCCUUGAUGCAAAGGGUUCAAAUAGUUUACCCCUGCUGAGAUCUCUCUUGGAUAAAUUAAGCGCUAAUCAACAGAAUAUUCUGAAAUUCAUUGCAUGUAAUGAAAUAUUCUUGAUGCCUGCUACAGUUUUUAUGCUUUUCAGUGGUCAAGGAAGUUUGUUCCAGCCUUUUAUAUACUAUAGAUUCCUUACUCUGCGAUACUCCUCUCGAAGAAAUCCAUAUUGUCGGACCUUGUUUAAUGAACUGAGGAUUGUUGUUGAACACCUUAUAAUGAAGCCUGCUUGCCCACUCUUUGUGAGAAGACUCUGUCUCCAGAGCAUCGCCUUUAUAAGCAGACUGGCACCAACAGUUGCAUAGUGUGACGUCUAGCUAAGUUACAUAUAAUACAAAUAAGCAUUGUUAGCUGCUGGUACUUCUGCUAGGGAUGGUUAAUUCCAGGUGUAAAACUGACCUCAGUGCAAUUUACAUAAUUUACAUAAAUGCAUCUCAAAAGUAAUCAUUUUCCUGGCAUGUUAAAUCAAGCCUUUCGAACACUUGCUGAGAAACUUUAUUGUGAUGUGUUGUUAAUAGUUAAGGAAGUUUGGAUCUUGUGAUAAAUGUAUCAAGAAUUCUUUAGAUGCUCCUGUGCCUUUAUCAUGAAGUACAUUUGUCUGGUAAAAAUAGCUCUAAAAGUUCGUUUUCAUCUAAUUGGUAACCUGAAUUUACAUCUGGCAUGAGUUCAUUAUGGUAAUAUUAACAUGUAAAUUCAGUAUACUUUGAGACAGUAUUCUUUUGCCAUUCAGUAAUUUUGGUUGAUGGUUGUAGCAAAAACACGUCCCUGUUCCUGUGUUUAAUUUCAAAGUGCUUUUAUGUAGAUUUUGUACUGCUUCAUUAGGACACAUUUAUUUUGGAUUUCUUUAUGUAUCUUAUACUAUGACCUUCCAAAAUUUUAUUUUCAUAUUUACUUCUACUUGGUGGUUUUUUUUUUUCUUAAAGGCCCAACUGAAAGGUCGUUAACCAGCUAGGUAAAUACUUGGGGUCACCGGAGCCUUUUACAUCAGGGAGCAGUAGUCAUAAGUUUUCCUCUCAGAGACGGGUUGAGUAACAUUUCUCAGAUAAUAAAUCCUCCUUUCAGGAUUGUGGGUGCAAUUACUUAGAUCAGAUUCUUGACUGCCAGUUUUCUCCGUUUCUUAGGCUUGAAUUUUCAUAGACAGUUGCACCAGUUCAGGUGCCCUUUGAAAGGAAUGUCAGUGAAGAUUGAGCUAUGACUGAACUUUGUAUCUAUUCUGAAAUAAUAAUGAAGAUCAUACAUACUUAGCCAUCAAAUUUCAUUUAAAAGAUUAAAUAGGAAGGUUUAUAGGUAAGGUUAUUGAUUGGGAAUGGGGCCAGAGGAGUUGUGGGGGAAAUAGUGUGCAUUUCAGUCUUGUAAUGCCUGGAUAAAUUUAGAGAAAUUGGAUGUAUUAUGCAACUGGGAUUUGAGUUGUUUAACAUGUGAAACACGUUUGUUGAGCUUCCAUCAACUCCUUUUAAAAUUCAUUCUGACCUUUAUUUAUUAUUGCAUGAUUGGAAAUGUUUAAAACAUUGCAAAAUGUUAAUGCAGAGUAAUGUAAUGGUUUUUGUAACCAGUUUUCUUCUAUGUGCAUGUAAUUUGGAUUUCUCAAAUAUGCUCAGUGACUUAGCAGUAACAUCAGUUUUCUUUUUAUGCAACUUUUUGAUCUAUAGAAAUGUGAUACCUACUUGAUAGCUCAACUGUAACCAGCUAUUUUUGUAAUUUUGUAAUAUCUACAAAAUUAGAGAAGCCUCAUAAUACACAGUCGAUUGUUGGGGGGCACUCUCAUUAUCACUAUGUAUGUAAUCUGAUGGUUUUAAAAACUAAAUUUUCUAGAGCAAUAAAGUAACUUUAAUGUUAAGUAAACAAUAUAUUAUUUCUAAUGAUGUUUUUAAAAAUUUGAAUUAUAUCAAGAAAUUAUGGCAGCUGAAGGCAUAUUUAUAUUUUAAGUUACUAAGUUUCUUUGUUUUCUACAAUUUUUUUUUUAUCUUGAGAUAAUUUUAGAUUUGUAGAGAAGUUGUAAAAAAUAGUAGUGUUUCUGUAUAUCCUUUACUCAUCUUCCCCUUGUAUUAACAGAUUCCAUAACUAUACAAGAUUUAUCAGAACUAAGAAAUUAACCCUGGGACAAUACUAUUAACUACUAAGAUGUGGAACUUACAUUUUACCAGUUUUUCCAUUUAUUGAUUUUCUUUUUGUGUGUUCUCUUUUAACCAUGAUUGUUUCUUUUAAUGAUAUGUUAAGUGUGCCUCUGUUUUUAUUUUUUCUUCUUUAUUUUGAAAAUUAUUAUUGAUCAAAAAGAUUUUCCUAAAGGAAAUAAUUUAGGUGGGUUUUAACAAAAAGAAUUUAACAUUAAUACUAUUAAAAUUUAAAACUCUGUGCUUCAGAAGUUGAGGCUUUUAUCAUAUAAUGGGAUUAUACUUCUGAUAUAUUUUUUAAAGAAAAGUUUGGUUUAUAAAUAAGCUUCCCUGGUGUCUCAGAGGGUAAUGAAUCUGCCUGCAGUGCAGGAGACCCAAGUUCAAUCCCUGGGUCUGGAAGAUACCCUAGAGAAGGAAAUGGCAACCCACUCCAUUGUUCUUGCCUGGAAUAUUUCAUGGACAGAAGGGCCUGGUGGGCUACAGUCCAUGAGGCUGCAAAGAGUGGGACACAACUGAGCAACUAACACUUUCACUUUCCUUUCACUAAACUCAUGGAAAAGUAAGUCCUACAAUUUGAGCAUUACCAGAUGUUUAGUUUGUGUGAACUUGUAGUUAGGAAUUUUGCAGUAUGAAUAUGCACAGUCAGCUCAUUUGACAUCUGAAAGUACAGUGUAACUUUAUCAGGUUAAAAUUAAGGAAAUACAGGAACUUCCUGGUUAUCCAGUGGUUAAGACUCCACCUUUCCAAUGCAGAGUGUGCGAGUUCAAGCCCCGGUCAGGGAACUAUGACCUCACAUGCCGCGAGGUCAAAAAAAUAAAAUUGUAUGUCUUGGAUGUCAUUUACACAAUGCAAAAUGUUUAACAAAAAAGGAACUUAUUAUAAUAGAGUAUAUAGAAUGAGUGUACUAGGAAAAGUUACAGCUGCAUAGCUGAAUUUAUUUUUAUGUGUUUAAAAAAAGUUGGUUUAACAUCUGGAACAUCUGAUUGUUAGGGGGUUGUAUCGUGCUGCUGUCCUAGCCCUUUUAAAUAUUGAACCUUGGACAGGUGUAGGCCUCAUACAGAAUCUACUUUAUUCUAACAAAGAUUCUGUGUUCCUUUUGUAUGCUUGAUUCCUCAUGAAUUUUAAAUAUUUAACAUCAGUCCAAAGAGAAAUUUCUUAAAUAAAGUUUUGAGAUCAGAAUGAAUGAAACUUAAUUUUGAGGGAUGUGGUAAAGAUCCUUAUGUAAUGCUAACGAAUGUGUUUUAAUUAACAUAGGUCUGAAGCUCCUCGCCACCCACUACCCAAAGCCCUUUUUGAUCUGCUAGCUUAAUGCUGUCACCCAAAUUGAGGCUGAUUUUUAUUCUGUGAUGAAAACCUCAAGGGAGAAAGUAACCAGUUAUGCUGAUGAGCAGUAGGUGGCACUCUUUCUUCAAGUAGUCCCCAGCUGUUUCUCAUGCCAUGUUGGAAGGUUAAAUGCCACUAAAUCCUGAGUCAGCCAUAAAACAUUAUAAUAAGGACCUGAAUUCCAUGCUUCUCUUUAAUAUGUAAUUAUUCAGCAUUCAGUAAAUAUUUAGUAGGCAUUUACUCUUGAGUACAUUUUUAAAUACAAAAAUGUUCAAAAGCUGGAAUAAGCCCCCUGUUAAUACCCGCUUCCCAGGUAAAUAGCAUAGGCCGCAGUUGGUGGUGUCGCUCAGAUCAUGGGCUCGCUGCUGUUUUUGUUUCCCUAAGUGCCUAAGUUACCUAAACACGUCAGUUAUAAAGUUGUUCUUUCACCUUCAUUUUCAGGUAUAUAGGAAAUGGUACUUAAUGUUUUUCACGGUCAUUUCUUAGGUAAACAAGGUACACCCAGUUCCACCUCUUAAAAUUAAGACUUCACAGUGAUACAAAAGCAUGUCAAUAAUUUUGGAUAUUAGGAAUGCUGCCUAGAUUUGUAAAUUCAGUUUGAGUUACAGAGAUAGCUAAUUUCAUUUAACACCUCACUGGAAUUUCUCUAGAAUUAAGAGAAUUCUGAGAGGCUAUACGAUAGCAUAGUUCAAUGGAUUUAGUGUAUACCAAAGGCAUAUAUGUUUUGUAAAUCCAGGAGUUAUUUCCAGAAAUUAUUUUAAUGAUCAGUCCUCUUCUAGUAUUCUGGGUGGAAAGUUGUAAUUGGAUCUGGUAUUAAGGAUAGGAAAGAAGCUGCUCAAUGUUUGGGAAGUUUCCUGGUGGUAGUUGUUCUGUGACGUGUAUCUUCUAAGCUGGUAUUCAGGAGGGUACUUAGAAGGAACACAUCUCUGUGUGAGGGAUUAAUUCUAGAGUAGUCUUUCUGCUCUUAGGGAGUGCACAUAGGAAAACCGACCUGCAUUGAAUAUGUGUUGAUGUGACCAGAGAUAAAGUACAGUAUUUUUUUGGUCUAUAACAGUUUCUUUUUCUUAGAAAAUGAUAGAAAAAAAAUUGUUGCUAGAUAUCUUUGCUGGAAUCUAAAAAUUAGCUUAUAUUCCAGGAGAAGGAAAGGCCCAAGAAUCAUUUUACUUUUUCCAUCAUAGUUUUCUGAAGCUACUUUUUUUAAAUACAUAUAUAUGCUCAGUACAUUUGAACUAACUUUUUUUUCCCUUGGUUCAUAACAGUUUAAAUUCCAAACUUUGACUAUUUUCUUUUGUAAUUUUAAGAUAAACGCUUUUGACAUGGAUUUUUGCUUACGUUUUUAUUUGUAAGUUGAGACCAAAUGGUCAAAGUCUUAGGCAGGCAACAUUUGUGAUAUGUAUAUAUUGGAACAAAUGUAAAAGGGCCACAAAGAUUAGAGAGUCAUAGAAAAUUGCUUGAUUAUAAUAAAUGCAUUGCUUCUGGUGCUCUAUAUAAUGGGAUAUAUUGAACUAAAUUUGUAUAUACAGUAUGUCAGCAUUUCUUAGUAACUUCUCUUGAAUCCAUUUUUAAUAUAUUAUACAGGUUGGGGAGUUAUAUACUCUUCAGGCCAAUACUAUCCAGAUUAUAUAAAUUUAUAAAAUAAAUUGAAAAAUUCAUCAUUACUGUGUAUUCAAGACCAAAGCACAUAAAUGCUAAUGUAGGGCUCAGAGGGGAAAUAUACUGCUCCUGAAUAUUUGAGAAAAUGUGAAGUCCUUUCAAGAAAAUCUAAUAAACAUAAUAAUCAUAGCCUGCUGACACUAAGGAAAAAGGACCUCAUUCACUAUUUUAUGCAGUGAUUUAGUGGUCCCUACUGAUUUCCAAAUUGGAUCACUGUAGUAAAUUAUCUAUGCUGGUACCUGUGAAAGUAAGCCCUGGGAUCCAUAUUUGUUUUGUGUUCUGCUUAAAUCAGCAAGAAUGAUAAAUUUGAUGGUGUGAAAUUGGAAGUGUCAAGGGCUUUCUCUGGUGAUUGAGCAAAAUAAUGUCUCCACUUAUAAUUUAUUGUGACCCUUUUCCACUGUAUGUGCUUUGUGUAUCUCAUAUUUAUUUCAAUACAAAUUAAAUUGUUGUUCCUUCAUCUGUAUUGUUAUAUCUAAGAUUUUAUUGAUGUAAAAAUCAAAUUGUGUAAUAAAAAAAUCUCUGGAUUUAA